GAAAUUUCCUUCCGUUUGUCAGUUCUAUCGUCGUCGCGCAACAGAAUUAACACAAUUACAAUGUCGUCACGUAAAUCCAAACUAUCAUUGAAAAAACCGGCACCAACUAACAUUCUACAGAACAUGUUAGAAAGCAACAAAGUGGGGAACAGUAGUACUUGCACCGAUAAUAAUCUGUUCCCCCACUCGCCGAAAAAAGUGGUACCCGGUAACAAUAAACCGUUCCCGGCGGCGCCGUUUAUGGAUGGUGACCAAUGUAGUGUCAUCACCAUCCAUUCGGAUAAUUCAACAGUCCAAACUCCUGCCAACCUGUGGGAGAAUUUUGAUGUGGAAUUAGUGAUGGCCCAAUUAGACGGAGGUGACGCUGCGGACCAUUUAUACUCCAGCGAACGAGUUGUCCCAACGCCACAUUUGUCAGAGCAGCAGAAGUCGCCCACUCCACCACCAGAAUUUCGAGCUCCUCUUCCACCUCUAGAGCAGGCCGGAAAGUCCGAAGACGAACCGGUCGAUCCCAGGGUGUGUGCGAAGAGACGGCGCAAAUGUGGCGAGAAAAAUUUAGAAGCCCUGUUGAAAAUUCAAGGGCAGGAGGCGGGGUACACACCUGAGAUGCCGUCCACUUCGGCGGUUCCAAUUCCUGCAGCGCGGGAGAUUGCUUCCCAGGCGCACCAACUUCUGCAGAAAAUGCUGCAGAAGUAUGCCAUCCAACUGCAAGAAACGCAGGACAAAACCUCUCAAUUGGAACGUCAAGUGGAGGCGUCCCGGAUGGAGGAAAGAAAAAUUGAAGGGGACAUGCGGUACAUUUUAAGCUUUGUUAAUUUUUGUGGUAGGAAAUAGUCUAUAUAUAGUUGUAAUAAAUUAAAUUGUUGUAAGAUAGUUUUAAUAAAUAAAAGGUUGUAAGAUAAUUGUCGUUUACAUUGAACAAAAAAAAAUUGUUCACAUCACCUGCUAAUAAAGAAAUGUGACAUUGGAAAAAGUAUGCAACCAAAAGUGCAUAACGUAGUGUGAUUAGUUGCAUAAGUGUAACUUUGCACAAUGCAAUGGGUUAAGUAGAUAUGUAAAGUGAGUUGCAUUAUAAUGGAAAAGCGUGUGUAGUAAGUAAAGGUGGACGUCGAUAGAGAAUAAGAUGUACGUCCGUAAGUAGCGAAAGAGAUGCAAAACGAGUUGAUAUGGUAUGGUACGUUACCCAGGGGUGGUGGGGGUAGAGGGGAAGGGUAAACAAUAAGUUCAAAAAUUUUGCGCUCCUGGAAUUUUUAAAUUUGUCGUGGGUUCUAUGCAGUUUAAAAAUUUUUCUCAAAGGCAAAUGCAUUUUAUAAGAAGUGUUUUAUCUAUUGGAAGUAUAAUUUUCCAAAAAUUUCAAUGCAUUAACCGCAAAAUGAGGUCCUCUACAUAUUACCGAAAAGUGCCGUGAAAAUUUAAUUUGUACUUACACAUUUGCACUUAAGAAAAGCUACAUUUACGUAUUUUGGAAUUUUUAAACUGAUAAAUACACCCAAAACAAUUUUUUCACGAAUAACGGUAGUAAAAUUCAAAGCGCGUUUCCGCAGCUGACCAAAGAAUGAACUUCGUUCCCGCGCGCCGGAUAUGCAGUUGCGGGUUGAAUAUCUUUUUAUCGCGCGUUUAAAUUCUGUGCGAUGCACUUUUUCUAUGCAUAAUCU